GACUGCAUGGGAGCCCCGGAAGUAGCUCGGCAUUGCCGCCAGUGACGUCACGUGCCGCCUCGCUCCCUGCGACCGAACGCGGGGGCGGCUCACAUAGCACACGAGGACUCUCCUCUCGCCAGCGGUGGCGGAGGUCCAAGCGUGCCGCCAUGGACCGGACGGCCGUCGUCAAAGUGGGCGCCGCAGCCAGCGCGAGCGUGUGCGCCCUGUUCGGCGGCGUGGUUCUGGCCCAGUACAUCGUCGCAAAGAAGAAACGAGCGGGGAAGAAGACGAGAAUCAUCGAAAUGAUGCCUCAGUUCGAGAAGAAGACGGUGCAGAUGAGGGACCCCGAGAGGGUGGAGCAGAUCAUCUGCAGCCUCAUCAAGGGAGGAGCCUCCAAGCUUCAGAUCAUCACUGACUUUGACAUGACACUAAGCAAGUUUGCCAUCAAUGGCAAACGCUGUCCAACUUGCCACAACAUUAUCGACAACUGCAGCCUUGUGACGGACGAGUGUCGCCAGAAGCUGCUGCAGCUCAAGAACAAAUACUACCCCAUCGAGAUUGACCCUAACCUUACUAUGGAGGAGAAGUACCCCUUUAUGGUGGAGUGGUAUUUCAAGUCUCACACACUUCUGGUGGAACAGAGGAUAGAGAAAGACAAACUGCCACAGGUGGUGCGAGAGUCCGAAGCCGCACUCAGGGAGGGUUUCGAGCAGUUCUUCGACCGCCUGCACCAGCAUGACGUGCCCGUCUUCAUCUUCUCCGCCGGCCUGGGGGACGUGCUGGAGGAGCUGAUCCGGCAGGCGGGUGUCUACCACCCCAACGUCAAGGUGGUGUCCAACUUCAUGGACUUUGACGACAAUGGCGUCCUGCGGGGCUUCAAAGGCGAGCUGAUCCACGUUUACAACAAGCACGACGGUGCCCUGCGCAAUACUGACUACUUCAAGCAGUUGAAGGAGAACUGCAACAUCAUCCUGAUGGGAGACUCGCUGGGCGACCUCAGCAUGGCCGACGGCGUGCCCAACGUGGAGAACAUCCUCAAGGUCGGCUUCCUCAAUGACAAGGUGGAGGAGCGUUUGGAAAAAUAUUUGGACUCUUAUGACAUCGUCCUAGUGAAGGACGAGACCCUGGAAGUGCCCAACGCCAUCCUCCAGAAGGUCCUAUAACUUUGUACUCAUACCACUACCACCAUUGGACCCCCCCCCCGCUCCCCUCGACACCUGCUUCAAAUCCUUUGUACAUGUCCUUAACAGUCACUUUCAAACGUGCACGCCACAGCAGCAGUUUCAACUUGACUUUGUUUUUGUGUCAAACUCUCACUCCAUCUUGUUGACACCAGCAUCCCACUGCAGUACGGAGGACCCCCGCUUAUUUGCAGUUCCCAAAUUCACUUUGUUGCUGAAUUUUUGGGGCACGUGACCCAUCUUAUGUUAUUCACGUAAACCUCUGCUUUUUUCUGACUUUUUUUUUUCUUUAUGGAAGCAAUAACGGAGUGUCAAUUAUUCGGAGAUUCUCGCUAUUCUUGGAGGGCUCGGUCAUUAUCCCCUGCAAUUAGCAGGGGUACAGUCAACUCCAUUUAUAGCAGGAGAUACAUUCCACACCAACCCACAACAGGUGAAAAGCUGAUAACGGUAAUUAGUUUUGAUAUUACAGUGAUUAUAAACCUUCAAACAACUUCUUUCAACUUUAAGACACAAGCAGUGGUUUGGUAAGCCAGGGGUCGUGAGUUCGUAUCUCACUGGGGCCUCCAUUCCCCCUGUGGGGUUGCAUCAGGAAGGGCAUUCGGCGUAAAAAGUGCGCCAAACAAUUAUGAGCGUUUCAUCUGAGAUGACACGCUGUGGGGACCCCUAACGUGACAAGCCGAAAGACACUAGUGUGCUUGUUUCAGCUAUUUAUUGCUCCAAGUUGAAGUUCACUCUAAAACUUGACACAUAAAACAAAUUAAUUAAACUUAGUCGAAUACCAAAAUUUUCAAUCACACGGUAUAAUUUCGCCCAAUAAAAGGUUGCUUUCUUAAUGCUAACUUAUAAUGUGAAAAGCCAUAGAUGGGAUAACAAAAAUUGGCAUAGAUGUUAUGGUAAUCACACCAAUUAAAACACAUGGAGUAUUGUCACUGGAUUUAAUUGAUUGACAGCACUGUUCUGUCUGGUUGAUCCAAUUACGAUUGAUUCAAUACCCUGAGAAUGAAAUGACCCGGACGAAUCUGAAUAUUUACAAUGAACUGCAAUAUAGCGGGGUUCCAUUUUUUUUUUUUUUU